UCCUCAAAUCCUGGAAGUGGGAGGUACGAAGAAAAAAAAAACCCUCCUUCAUAUGCCUUUCCAGAGGAAGAAUCGCUGCUGUGAGCGACAGAGAAAGCGCAAGACAAACACGCACUUUCGCAGCAGUUUACCUCGGCGUGACUCGUAAAUCUCCGUACACCGCGAGACACCAGAGCGAGUUUAUGAAUGAGAAACUUCCCAAACAGCAAAGACGUGGAAGUUUACUCACGGUUUAUCUACGCACCUGGACCCAAACCUAUUGUUUGGUUCAACUGGUUUAAACGCGACGCUACUUUUUGCAAAAAAAAAAAAACAGGCGCGCUGCACGAGAGAAAUCUGGCUGAGAAGCUUGUUUUGAUUCAAUUCAGCGUGGGAUAUUUUCUACGGAGGUCGCUUGUUUUGGAGUAAUGCUUUACAAACCUAAAUAACUCCCACAAGAAGUGCACUUCGACACAACCAAGUGCUCACAAUAACAUUCAGAGGUAGCUCUAUGCUGCCGGUGUUGAUGGGCCAGUGCUGCCCACAGCUGUGUGAAUGAGCUGUCUCAGCCCACCCUCCUCACCCAGCUGCCCUGGCAUGGCUUCUCUCAGGAUGAUGAAGUCAUGGCGUUUGCUUCUCCUGUGGGUUAUUCUAGCUCAGCUCCCCUUGGCCUACUCACGUCCCGCAGUAACCGAACAAGGUCACGCAGUAGCGUCUUCUGAGGAUGAGGACGAUGAUGAGUCAUCAUCAGAAGAGAACAAGCCGUCAAGUAGCCAGGAGCUCUUACCGAUGGCGCCUCGUUGGGCCCAACCUGAAAAGAUGGAAAAAAAGCUUCAUGCCGUACCGGCCAGCAAAACGGUGAAAUUCCGAUGUCAGGCCGAGGGAAACCCGAUGCCGAAACUACGCUGGCUCAAGAAUGGAAAAGAGUUCAAAAGAGACCAGCGCAUUGGGGGCUACAAGCUGCGGGAACACAUGUGGACCAUAAUCAUGGAGUCCGUGGUGCCCUCAGACAAGGGCAACUACACAUGCCUUGUGGAGAACGAAUAUGGAAGUAUCAAUCACACCUAUCAGCUGGAUGUAGUAGAGCGAUCACCUCACAGGCCCAUCCUGUACGCUGGUCUCCCUGCAAACCGAACAGCUGUGGUCGGCAGUGACGUAGAGUUUGUCUGCAAGGUGUUCAGCGAUCCCCAGCCUCACAUUCAGUGGCUCAAACACAUACUGGUGAACGGAAGCAAACUGGGACCCGAUGGACUCCCUUACGUACGCGUCCUAAAGACGGCUGGCCUCAACACCACCGACAAGGAGAUGGAGAUGCUCCAGUUGAGGAAUGUGUCCUUUGAGGAUGCUGGGGAGUAUACUUGCUUGGCGGGCAAUUCAAUUGGGAUCUCCCAUCAUUCAGCUUGGUUGACCGUUGUCAAAGCCCCCACCACUCCCUCUGCCGUCCCCAGUCAGUCCUACCUGGAGGUGCUGAUCUACUGCGUUGGGUUCUUCCUCAUCUUCCUCAUGGUAGGAAUCGCCACCAUCGUCAAAGUCCGCAGCUCCUCCAAGAAGAGCGACUUCAACAGCCAGCUGGCCGUCCAUAAGCUGGCCAAAAGCAUUCCUCUCCGCAGACAGGUGUCCGUAGAAUCCAGUUCCUCUCUGAACUCUGGUGUGAUGUUGGUCCGACCUUCACGACUCUCCUCCAGCGGGUCGCCCAUGCUGUCAGGGGUGUCUGAGUACGAGCUGCCGCAGGACCCGUGCUGGGAGGUGCCCCGAGAGAGGCUAGUACUUGGGAAACCUCUGGGCGAGGGCUGCUUUGGCCAGGUGGUGAUGGGCGAAGCCGUUGGACUGGACAAAGACAAGCCCAACCGCAUAACUAAAGUCGCUGUGAAGAUGCUGAAAUCUGACGCCACUGAGAAGGACCUGUCUGACCUCAUCUCAGAGAUGGAGAUGAUGAAGAUGAUUGGAAAACACAAGAACAUCAUCAACCUGCUCGGAGCUUGUACCCAGGAUGGCCCUCUUUAUGUCAUCGUGGAAUACGCCUCUAAAGGAAACCUCCGGGAAUAUCUGCGUGCCCGACGGCCGCAUGGCAUGGAGUACUGUUACAAUCCUGACCAGGUGCCUGUGGAGAGCAUGUCCAUUAAAGACUUGGUCUCCUGUGCCUACCAGGUGGCUCGUGGCAUGGAGUACCUGGCAUCUAGAAAGUGUAUCCACAGAGACUUAGCAGCACGCAAUGUACUUGUAACAGAGGACAAUGUAAUGAAGAUAGCAGACUUCGGUCUGGCCCGGGACGUUCAUCACAUAGAUUACUACAAGAAGACUACAAAUGGCCGGCUGCCUGUCAAAUGGAUGGCACCUGAGGCUUUGUUUGACAGGAUUUACACACAUCAAAGUGACGUGUGGUCUUUUGGUGUCCUUCUAUGGGAAAUCUUCACUCUGGGGGGCUCGCCGUAUCCAGGAGUGCCUGUGGAAGAGCUCUUCAAGUUACUGCGAGAAGGUCAUCGCAUGGACAGACCCACAGCUUGUACUCAGGAGAUAUACCUGAUGAUGAAAGACUGCUGGCAUGCGCUUCCCACACAGAGGCCAACUUUUAAACAGCUGGUAGAAGACCUUGAUCGCACUCUGUCCAUGAUAUCCAAUCAGGAGUAUCUGGACCUCUCCGUUCCCCUGGAGCCCAUGUACUCUCAGGUCAUCCUGAAUGAACGGAGUUCCACCUGCUCCUCCGAGCCGGACUCAGUGUUUUUAAGAGAGUCUGGACCUGAAGAACCCUGCAUCCCUCCGACAGUUCCCCCACAGCAAACCGUACGAUCCUUCAAAAAACGCUGACAGUAGAGAACACCUGGACCUCCAUGUUCAUAGAGGAUCUCUCUACAUCUUUCUGCUUCCUUUGACUCGUAAACUCUGCAGGCUCAGAGACUGAGGAGUUGAGCCUGGGCCGUUCUAGCACAGAAACGCAAGUAGGAGGACCAGCAGACUCUGUAAAACAAGACUGAUCAGAACAGAGAGGGACCUAUCAAACUUUUUGUCCUUCAGAGGGAUCGAUCCUCACAAAUGAGAUGUUUGCAAAGCAUCACAGAAGGAUAAAAUGGUCGUCGAUGCCAACAAAGUCAAUGGGGUGGAGAAAUAAUUUCAAGUGUCGGCUUUGUAAAUGUAGUUAAAUUUGUACAAACAUGAAAUUAUAUAAACGCUAUGUUUUUAUAUUUCUAUUAUAAUUAUUGUUAUUUUUGUAUGAGUUUAUCCUCCUUUUAUGCUCAAACAAAACCAGCCUGGCGACAUUUUGUCAUCGCUUGGUUUCUAUUUCUGCAGUCUAGCAAUGAAAUCUCAUUGGUCAAAAAUCAUUGGAUAUUAUAUUAAGAAUGAAGUGUGUAAUUUUGUUGUUUUGAAGAUGUUCAGAUAUUUUCUUGUAUCCCAGUGAUUCAAAAACACCAUUUGUAGGUCGGUUUCCUGAAAAACACUAUUGCACUCUCAAAACAUUUAUCUAUUUGAUCCUGACCUGCUCAAUGUAGCAGUAUUGGCUUGACCAGUAUCUUGAAUUUGGGGCGGGACUAUCUGUUUGUUCGACCAAUGAAUUAAAAGUUAAGGAAACCUGUUUGAAAACAGUCUUUAUUUUAUGCCGUUUGGCAAUGCAAGUCAUGCAGAAAUUACACCCUUCACCUUUAAACAUCAAAUAUGUUCUGACUGGCUUUGAUUGUGUUGCAUUUUCUCUUUCACUGUGGUUAAAUGAAUAACUUAUGUUUAAAAAUUUCAUCUCGUGCCUGUUUCGAAGAUGGUGUCACACAGAUUUAUAUAUGUUAAAAAUAAGCUACAAAUGAAAUGUUACUAUUGCUUGCUGUUACGAUCGUAAGGUGUGAUUGCAGUGUCCUGAAACACUAAAUUCAAGUGUGAAUGAAUGUUUAGUAAGUAUUAAUAUGAAACAGCUGGAAUAUGUAUGUCUGUUUAGCAUCAGCAUGGUGGUUGACAAUCUGUUAGCACCAGUUUCAAAGCAUAGCAUGUCUGUAGCUUCUUCAUUAUAUUAAGCUAGACUCUCAAACGACAGGGUUUAUAUGCCAGGAUUGGCAACUUCUUGUAAGGAACAGUGUAAAAUUUUGUUCUUGAAUAGAGUUUUGAUGCUUGUGUGAUUGUUUAUGUAUGUCCUGAUGUGAAUUUCGAGGCAGUGGCCAUGCACUUAUAUUCAGGCUGUCAAUAAGCUGACUGAUAUUGCCUUUCCUGUGGGAAUAUAAAUAAAAAAUGUUA